AAACUGCAAGAAUCAAAAUGAAAUUUUGCCCCGGAUGGAAAAUCCCAAAAACCCCAGAAGCAAAAAUCCAAAUAAAAACAAAACCCUAGCUGUCUGUCUUUUGCCUUGUCUAGAACCUCACCGACUCAAAACACACAUCAAUGGCUUCAACAGGUGCAAAACUCCGUGAGCUCCUUAAGAAGUACGGCAAGGUAGCACUUGGCGUACACUGCUCCGUCUCCGCCGCCUCCAUCACCGGCCUGUACGUCGCCAUUAAGAACAACGUCGACGUUGAGUCGGUCCUCGACAAGUUGCACAUGGGUAGCUUCUCUAACAAAGACCAACAGACCCAGAACAACAACCCACCAGCUGAAAUUUCAUCCUCCUCCAAUGAUGGGUUUGUGUUCGAAGGAUUGCCCACCUCGGAUAAUCAACAAUCUACGGCCGUGGUUCCGGAAAAGAGGAGGAAUCGGACGGCUGAGCUCGCCGCUUCCUCCGGUGGGGCUCUGGCGUUGGCCAUUCUCUGCAACAAGGCUUUGAUGCCCAUCCGGGUUCCGAUAACCAUCGCUGUUACACCACCGAUUGCGAGGUUCUUGGCCAGGAGGAAGAUCAUCAAAACCGGUGUAUGAAUUUUUUUAUUUUUUUUUAUUUUUUUCUUUAUGUUAUGGAUUUUCUCUGCCCCUUGUUAGUUAUGUUUAAUGGUAAAAGACAAAUAUGGAUUUCAUUUUUGUAGUAUUUUUUAUUUGGGGAUUAUGUUUUUGAUUUUCAUUCUUUUUGUUUUUCCCAUAUAAAGUUUCACUUAAAAGAUUUUUGAUCUUGUAAAUGUAUGGAACGGAAACUAUUGGGUAAGAAUUGAAUUUUUCUUUAUGGGUUGAUUAUUAUACUGUUAUUAGCUACGAGUUUUCCAGGGAAUGAAAAUGGGUGAGAAAAGGGUAUUCAACCGGGUAGGAGCUUUGUCAGAUGGGAGGCUCUAUUGAAGAGUGUUGGUGUUACUAUCUCUUUAUAUGUAAAUGUAAUCUUGGAAAAAUGCCAUGACCAUGUGAAGAGGUUGGCUGAUUAAGAAUGUUUAAUUACUGAGAAAGUGUGGGAAAUUGAUAUAUAAUUCUUAAAUUGAGAAAAUUUAUACUUGUUUGCUUGUA